GACAACUGAGCCGCUACCUGUCAAACAGUCUCCGGUUCUCCUCGGUGUUGAACUGAAAUGCCGGCUGGCUGUUAUUUAUUUAUCUUUUAGCCUUUUACCCGGGAUAUUUUUAAAAGAAUUCCCGGUUUUUAAACGUCACGUUGUGUUUACAGGACUACACACCGGUACCGGCACCUUCUCUCUCUCUUUCUUUUUCUCUCUCGGUGGGUUUUUUUUUUUCUUCUCAGCGGAGCCUCUCGGUGCUCAGAAUGGGGGCUGGAUGAUUUGACAGUCCGACGUAGAUUCAGGCUGAUGGACCUGAUAUAGUGUUGAACAACGGCAUGACCUACAUACCGCAGAGCUUACCGGACAUCUCUGCAGUAUGGAAACAACCACCGACGUCCUGUUCAACCUUGUAACACAGCACUAAGUGACCUUCCGUUUUUUAUUUGCUGCUACGGACGGAACUAUGCAGAAGAAAACACGUGAAUGUGCUCUGGGCUGAUAAGAGAAGAAGACAGACCUAUGUGCAAAAUAAGGGAGCGUGAUAACCAGGAUUGCGUGCUUGAGGUUUUUUUUCCUGACCUUUGACCUUUAAUGCAAAAUUAAUCAAGCAGGUGGCUCUAGGAUUCCGGAUACCCGUGGAUCUACCAGAUAAUACACUCGUGUUGCUGUAUGGAUCAGCUGUAAAGGGCCUAGAGCAGGGGUCAAAGGUCCACUGAAGCAACCAAUGGAUGCCUUAUCGACUCAUAAAUAACAUAUAAAACAAUUGAAUGGUGGGGAUCUAUAAAGUGUUUAAAUAAAACAGGUAGAAACAAAUAUAUUUCAAGGACAGAUUAGAUUCCUAAAUAGACUUUUCAUUAUGCUUCUAAAUGAUUGUCAGCCUUUACCUCUCCUGAGGGACACGGACGUGCCGCCUCGGGUCAAAGAAAACUUCAUUCUGACCGGCUACCGUUUCCCAAACUACAGCCUGAGGGAUUGCUUGUUAUCAGCAUUCAGGCCGACCAAUGAAACUGGGAACUUCUGGACGCACUUCCUCCCAGUUUUUGUUUUUUUCUACUAUUUCGUGGAGGCGUUUGGUUGGGAAGGCGCACCGCAUGGCGACGCCCCCUUCUUCUAUCCGUUCUGGACCUACUUUAUCGGGGUGUUCUGUCUGCUCAUGGCGAGCAGCAUGGCCCAUCUGCUUAACUCGAUGUCUCUGGUGGUUAGAGAAGUCUGCUUCUUCGUGGAUUACGGCACCAUCAGCGCCUACACAGUCGGCUCAUCUUUGGCCUACUACUAUUACAUCCACCCUCAGGCAGGGAUAGUGGAGACGGGAAACCACAAUGGAUCUCACAUGGCCCUGGAACAUGAACCCAGGGAGGCUGUCACAUCAUCCUAUGCAAUCCCAGAGUUCAGUGUGUUCUUUGAGACCUUCUACAUCCCGAGUGCGUGUAUGGUAGCAAUCAUCUGCAUCUUGUCCUGCUGCAACACUCGUCAGAGGUGGAGGAAGCAUCGAUACGUCAUCCGAACCCUCGUCUUCCUGCUACCGUUCCUCGUCUCUUCAACACCGGUGUUCUACCGGCUUCUCACCAGAUCACCUUACUCCUCCACCUCCUCCUCCUUCACCGCUUCUGACUCCACCUCCACCUUCUUCUAUCGUCACUGUUUCUGGCUGGUGGUGUCAGCCGUCUUCAACAUCAGCAAGAUUCCUGAGCGACGCCCCGGUCGCUUCGACAUCUGGGGUCACAGUCACCAGUGGUUCCACUGCUGCACCUUUCUGUCCAUCCUCGACGAGCUCCACAUGAUCAAGGCUGAGGUGAGGGCGAUCCUGCUCAGCCCGACUCUGCUGCUCCCACCGGCAACCCUCUCACGCCUACCUGGACCUACUGUUGCUUCGACCUACGGGGUGAUGCUCCUCCUGCAGACCACCAUCAUCUCCAUCAUCGUGUGGUUCUCCUGGAAGGCCAACUGCAUCUACGGACCCGAGAGAGACCAGCUGGCAGAGGAAUAUCCCAAGAAGCACCUGAAAUGUCACUGAUCACAGAUUUGUGUUUUGAAUCGCCUUUACUGCGAAUGACGUUUGCACGUUUAUUCAGAGCCAUGCCACUAGAAGAAGUGCACAAGAAUCACGAUAACCCCCUCCUGAUUCCAUGUCUGUUGCAUGUUUUAAACCCUUUGAGAGAAUUGUGCAAGCUUUCAUUGGGUAAAUUUGGGACAAAGGGAGAUGAGAGGAUUAUAUUUGGAGCAGACCAAUGGAUGGCUGUCUGGCUGCGUGGAUAUCCUGAAAUCUGCCAGGGCGUCUGAUGAUAAAACUACCUCUAGGUGUUGUUCACUCGAUGACAGAGGAAAGGUGUUGGUACCCAGGGGAACACAAGUUCCAUUUACCAUUUGGGUAAAGUGGCUACAUGUUAGCUUAAAGUGUUGUCAGUUAGUUCCUCCUGUUACUUCCCCUUUCUCUGACUUCAAACUCUGUUUUUGCUGUGGUUGUGAUUGAAAACUAAGAGGCCAAGAGGAUUAGGGCCAAAUUUGGAAAAAAAGUUGAGCUCAGAACUCAAUGUUUUAAAUCAGAAAUAAAAUAAAAAAAGGAAGGAAGUCUACAUUUUAUGUUUUUAAAAGAAUUAAUAAAUAAAUAGUCAUGAAGAAAAUAAAUUCAAGCAAAAUAAAUCUGAAUUCUAGGAUUGAAGAAGAGAUUAUAUUAAGGUAACUCCACUUUUGGAUUAGUUUACUUGUGUAUAAGAAAAUUGUUUUGUGUAAAAACAAAUGUUUCAUCAAAGUCAGAUUUUAUACUUGAUACCCGAAUACAUUUUCCCUGGAUGGCCUCAAUUGUCCUCCGUAGAAUCCAUUGUGUGACUUUCCUUAAGCCUAACUUCUCUUGCUCUGAAAUGAACGAUCACGCAGUUUAAUUUCCUCUCUCUGUCCACGUAACAGGAAGUGUGGUGGCCUUGACGAAGCUUCAGAAAUAGCUGAGAGCACGUAUCAGUGAAGCACUUUCAGGGGGGCCGGUGUAAAGCCCUGUUAUUAAGAAGCCAUGCUUGAUUUUUAACCUCCGGGUACUUCUCUGAGGCAUGUGAUGAUGUCCUACUGACGGGUUCAGUCAGGAUAUUUAAAUGUGAAAUGUGUGUCAUUGUGCUGUCAUCUGCUGUAUGUUUGGUUUCCAUAACACUGAUGGAAAGUUCCUCACAGAUUAUGUUCACAAUGCGUAAAGUGCUGUAAUUCAGAUUAAAUGUGAUGCAACAUUUUCUAAUCACUAUGGAAAGCUUACCGAAUUUUCCUGCAGCUCACACAGGUAGUCUACACACUGCGUGCACAGAUUGUAAAAUCUAGCAUUCCAAAAAUGAUAAGACUAUAAGACUUCAAGGCCAGUUUAGAGACCUGCAUUGUGAGCAUACUUUAAUAUGGAUGAUGUAACCAGAGGCCGCUUUCUUUGUCAUUUCAUGUUCAGUUAUCUCUUAGAGAAAAAGCCAUAGUUUGGGGUAGUGGUAGUGAAGUUCGUGGCAAUAUUUUUUGUCGUACUACAUUAUCAGGACCUUCCUGGACAGAUUUGCACUUACAGAUAGAUCAGGUUAACGUGGGCUUUUGUACCUUUGAGUAUUACCAUCACCUGGGAGUUACAGAUCCAGGAAGAAAUGGAACGUUUUGCAUUUUGUGAAAAACCUUGACUUUUAACACUUUAUUGUGGGCGUCCCAAUUUCAGCAUGAAGUGAUUUUCUGACCAUCUGGGAGAACAUUUCAGUCCUAAGCAUUGCCCUAAAAAAAAAAAAAAAGAAAAUACUGAAAACUGUUUCCCAGUUGCAUCAGUUUUUCAACCGAGACCAAAAUGAGUUGUAUGAGAGGCUAUCAGGGCCAUGUUUAAUAAAUAAAAAAAAUAUGAGUGAGAUGAAUAAAACAUAAAGAGCCCCUUAAUAUUAUCCUUAAAUAUUUGAAACAAAAUAAUCAGUAGUUUUAAUAACUUUCCAUACAAAAAAUCAAACUUUAUGUCGUCUAAAACGAGGUGACGGUCAUACGUUAUUUUUUGUAGAUUUUUUUUCAACCAGAUAAACAGAAAAUGGAUUUUAUGAAAAAUAUUUAAAUGCAUGACUUAUGAUUCAAGGAUUCUCUGGGUUGUCUGGAUCAUGGGGAUGAACUGAAAUCGAGAGGCACUAACCUGGACUAACAUUCACCAUCUCGUAAUUCAGCGUUUAUCUCCAUACAGCAAUGUUGUCAAUAUAUUAUUCCCGCGCUGUAGGGAUGGUAUUUUACCAGCAAUAAUGUGUAAAAAAAGACCUGUAUUUUGUGUUUGUUUUUUGAUGUAAGGCCCUGUGUCCACCUAGCAUUUCUUCCAGGUAGAAAAGCUCUGGCUGUGUGCUCGGGGAGCACUUACAUCCGUCCUGUCUCAUCCGUCCUGACAACAGUCUGUUAACAACGGCCGCUGUAUGAACGGCAAGGCUCUGUUAUGUUUUACUGCAUGUUUUAUAUUUUACAAAGUGUUUACCCGAUCAGAUACAGAGCAAAGGGGUGUGGGUACAAUAUGGACAGUAUCUUACAUUUGCAAAAGAGCACCGGUGACAUCAACAGCGCCUUUCUGAGAAGUUGAAAGGUUUUCAACUUGAGCGCCGGGAGCGGUCGCACAAAAAAGGUGGAGCGUUCGGAAAAAAGACACUGGACACUUAGCUUCUGGUCCGAGCGGUCGCCUGCUGCUGCUGCUAACGCUCUCUGCUCAUUGAAAACAUCUGAAAAACUAUGCUUGCUGGUGCUCAGAAAAAAACGCCAUGUGGACACAGGGCCUAAUUCUGCUCCCUGAAUUCAAACCCUUUGGUCUCAGUUUUGUAGGAUGAACUUUCACAUGAAGGGUUAAGCUUGUGUUUAGUUGUCUUAAUCCAGUUUGUUAGGAAAUUGACUUUAAAUGGCUUUUUCAAAUUGUACGUUUUCAUGUUUGUCGUGUUCUUUGUAUAUGUAAAUUAGAGCGCUGUACGGAGAGUAGCUAGUUAAGUCAGCAAUCAGUAUCUGAUAAAAUAUAGCAAAAUAUAUUGUGGACAUUUUCAGUACUUGAGCCUUUUUUCUAACACACCCAUUGAAAGAAAUAUUAAUAUUAUCAGUUGCAGACUUGUUGAAUUCAUAGAGUUCAUAGAUUUGUGUAAUUUUAUUAGCUUGCUAGCUUGAGUCACUGUUAGCUGCAGCUUCUGUUUUAUUUAAGAUGCUAUAAAAAGAAAAAGAGUAAUUUAAAAAUAUUGAAAUCUGUUCGAUUAAUUUGCACACUGAAAAUGGACCAUAUGAUGAUUUCUUCGUGUGAUUUGAAUGUUUUUCUGUCACGUUCCUGAUUUUUCAUCGUGUCGAGAAGUCAGAGAUGGAGUUGCAUCUGUUUUUAAAUGUUGCUGACUGAUGUUGGUCCCUGUGUAAUUUCAGAAAUGUUGUGAUAACCACUGUGUUAAUCAUAUCUGCACAUGUUUCGACUUGCACAGAAGAGACUCAUGACGCUGUGAUGAAGAACACAUUGAGACGUUGGUUGAUCAUGAUGUUAUGGUGCACUUUAAAGCUCUCUGAAAUGUUCUUUUAAGGAUUGAUCAAACAGUACUGUAUUAAUCAGCACAUUUCAUGUUCAGAUAAGACGAUGCAUUCGAUGCUAAAGGGAUGUCUCUACCUCGACAGAGCGUUUAAUCUGAUCUAAACUGGAUUUAUGUAAAUGGUGAAACAGUGUUUUAGACUAAAGAAGCACUCAGGGCUGACUGAAGAAUGACACAGAUAUUAUUUACAUACAUUUAAAGUAUGAAUAAGAAGAGAAGGAGGAUGAUUAUAGUCUGUCUGUUAAUGCUGAAAAAGAUGAAACCCUCCGUUGUUUUAAUUGAUGUAUAAAUUAGCACUAAUAUCAAUGAUUUAAAGUUUUAUUGAAUAAAUUAUGCAGAGAAAUAUUA